UGUCCGCCAAGCGACCUGGCUGCCCGGGUCUCCACCGACCAGCAGCAGGGAGGAGGAGGAGGAAGAAGAGGAGGUCGAAGUGGAAGAAGAGAUCCAGGGACUCUCAUGUGUAUUCAACCCAGUCGUGUAUCUGUGUUGGCAUAACAAGGACGCGGGAGGACCGAGCGAUGUCUUCGCCGGGCUUCACUAACCUGAACAGCUCCGUCAGCUACAGCCAGAACGGUCCAGCACAGACCUACACAUCCACGUAUCCAACUGCAGGCUACUAUGGAGGAGCCCCACCUCAGCAUCACAACUACCCCACCACCCCUGCCCAGAACACACCCGGUCCCAACAAAGCCCCCAUCACGAACAGUGCCCAUAGUGCAAACUACUACCAGAACAACCAUCAGCAACAACAACAACCACAGCCACAGCAGCAGCAGCACCAUGUAGCACCUUCCCAAUACAGCGCUGCCCCUAGCUCUGCCCCUCCUUCUCAGCCAUACACCACCCACCCCUCCUCAGCACCUCCACCAUCAAAUGCCCAGUACAACCAACAGCCAUUCCAGCAGUCGCAUCCUCCACCAUAUGCCACUCCAGGAUCUUACUAUGGACAGCAGUCGUACCAUGCUCCUGCAGCGCAACAACAACAACAGCAGCAGCAGCAGCAGCAGCCCAGUUUGGUGCCUGCGCCAGCGAGUGGUCCCGGAGCUCCCCUCUACCCCAUCGUUUCAUACCCGUCUGCACCUGGGAGUAGCCAGUACGGCACUUUAAGUUCCUCGCAGACCACCUCCACACCGGGAGUCAUGCCCACCCAGAUGAGUGCACCCCUUCAUCAGUACAGUACCACCCGGCCAGCCUCUGCGACAGCAGUGCAGCCCGGGUACAGUGUGGGGCCGACAGUCAACGGUCAAGGAAGCACAGCCCAAAACACAGUCCACCAACACUAUGACCAAAGCCACCAGGCUUCUCUGAACUACGACUCCUACGGCAGGGUCCCUCUCAGCAGUGGUGGUGCGGACUCAGACCGACCGCCCUCAGGAACCCCUUCAACUUCAGUCCAUUCCUCGCCGGGCCACCACCAAGGCAUGCAGUAUGGAUAUGUUGCUAAUAGUGGAGCUAGCUCUGCCUCUGCCACCACCUCAGGCCCAGCUGCGGCUCCCUCGUCAUCCAGCUCUGAGGAUGAUGAUGAUGAGGAGGAGGAUGAGGAUGAGGAAGCAGGUGGUGACACUUCCUCGUCCACUACUGGCAGUGCCUCUCCGGUGCCCAACAGCUACGAUUCCCUCGAAGGGGGCAGUUAUCCAGAUUCAAUGCCACCUUCCAAUAACAUGACAAGCCAGGCCCCGCCCUACGGUAACUAUGGUUACCCCAGCAUGCAGCCAGGCUAUCGGCAGGGACUCACCUCCCACGCGGACGCCUCACCCUCCCACGAUCUGUACGGCCAGCCAGACUACCCGCAGUACAACCAGCCAUUCCCGACCCUGACCUCGCUGUCUGCAGCCCUGGGGGGGCUGAGUGGGGUACCAGAGCUGGAGGUGGAGGCCCUGAGGCCGAUCAACUUGCUGCAGGAGAGAAAUCUGCUGCCUCCCAGGCCCCUGGAGGCUCCUGAACCCAAUCUCACCCCCGACCUGAAGAAAGUCAACUGCAGUCCACAUACUUUCAGAUGUACCCUGACCAGCAUCCCUCAAACUCAGGCCCUGCUCAACAAAGCCAGGCUCCCACUGGGCCUCCUCCUCCACCCUUUCAGAGACCUACAGCAAUUACCGGUGAUCACGUCGAACACAAUAGUGCGCUGUCGCUCCUGUCGCACCUACAUCAACCCUUUCGUGACCUUCCUGGACCAGCGCAGGUGGAAGUGUAACCUCUGUUACCGGGUCAACGAUGUACCAGAUGAGUUUAUGUACAACCCGGUCACCAGGUCAUAUGGUGAACCCCACAAGAGACCGGAGGUGCAAAACUCCACUGUGGAGUUCAUCGCCUCCUCAGACUACAUGUUGCGGCCUCCUCAGCCGGCAGUCUACUUGUUUGUGCUUGAUGUUUCUCACAAUGCUGUUGAAUCCGGAUACCUGAAAUACUUCUGCGAUUCACUUCUGGAUAACCUAGAUAAGUUACCCGGGGAUGCUCGAACCAGAGUGGGUUUCCUCACCUUUGACAACACAAUCCACUUCUACAACCUGCAGGAGGGACUGUCCCAGCCGCAGAUGCUGGUGGUGUCAGACAUAGACGAUGUCUUCAUACCAUCGCAUGACAGUCUGAUGGUGAACAUGAAGGAGAGCAGAGAGUUGAUACAUGACCUGCUGAGCUCCCUUCCCGCCAUGUUCAACGAGAGCAAGGAGACCCACAGCGCCCUCGGCCCAGCGCUGCAGGCCGCCUUCAAGCUCAUGUCUCCCACCGGAGGACGCAUCACGGUGUUCCAGACCCAGCUGCCCACCUUGGGUGCCGGUUUGCUGCAGUCGAGGGAAGACCCCAGCCAGCGCUCGAGCACUAAGGGAGUGCAGCAUCUCGGCCCUGCAACAGACUUCUAUAAGAAAUUCGCACUGGACUGCUCAGGACAACAGAUUGGAGUCGAUCUUUUCCUGCUCAGCUCCCAAUACUCUGACCUCGCCUCACUAGCAUGUAUCUCCAAAUAUUCGGCGGGCAGCAUCUUUUACUACCCCUCCUUUCACUAUAUCCACAAUCCGGCCCAGCUGGAGAAGUUCCAGAAGGAUCUUGAGCGCUACCUCAGCAGGAAGAUCGGAUUCGAAGCGGUCAUGAGAAUACGAUGCACUAAAGGUUUAUCCAUCCACACGUUCCACGGUAACUUCUUCGUGCGCUCCACUGACCUGCUGUCCCUGGCCAAUGUGAAUCCAGAUUCUGCCUUCGCUGUCCAGAUGUCAAUCGAAGACUCUCUGGCAGACUCGUCUCUGGCCUGCUUCCAGGCUGCUCUGCUGUACACCUCCAGUAAAGGAAAGAGGCGUAUCCGAGUCCACACACUAUGUCUGCCGGUGGUCAAUCAGCUGAGUGACGUGUACGCUGGCGCUGACGUCCAGGCAAUCACUUGUCUUCUAGCGAAUAUGGCAAUCGAUCGGUCGAUAACGUCCAGCCUGUCGGAUGCUCGGGACGCCCUGGUGAACGCCGUGGUGGACCUAGCGAGCGCCUACAAAAGCAACGUGUCGAACCUGCAAUCAGGCCUCGUCGUCCCAAGCGUCAUGAGUCUUUUCCCCCUCUACAUCCUCGCUCUACUCAAACAGAAAGCACUGCGGACAGGCACAAGCACCCGGCUGGACGAGCGAGUCUUCGCCAUGUGCGAUUUCAAGACGCAGCCGCUACAGCAGCUGAUGCGGAUGGUUCAUCCUGACCUGUACCGUCUAGACAACAUGUCUGACCAGGGGGCGCUCCAUCUGAACGACACACUGGUCCCCCAACCUCAUCUGCUCCACCUGUCUGUAGAGAGGCUGAGCAGAGAUGGAGCUUUCCUCAUGGACUGUGGCAACGUGUUUUAUCUGUGGAUCGGUAAAAGCUGCAACGAGAUCUUCAUCCGAGAUGUUCUCGGCUACCCAAACUACGCUGCAGUACCCCCCAACAUGAGUCACAUUCCUGAGCUGGAGACUCUGCUGUCGGAGCGGGUACGAGCGUUCCUCGACUGGCUGCAGGAUAACAGGGCGUUCAGCUUCACUGUGCACGUCAUCAAGGACGAAGCCUCGGCUAAAGCGACCUUCUUCCAGCACCUGGUGGAGGAUCGGUCCGAGUCGGCUUCUUCCUACUACGAAUUCCUGCAGCACAUUCAGCAGCAAGUGUCCAAGUAGAGCUCCCAUCACACGCAGAGUUAAAAAAAAAACAACAACAACUUUUUGGGCGCUACGAUCGAUCCUCAAAAACCGGAGCGGAGGAAUUUUUUUCCCGCCUCGUGUAGAAAGAAUGAAAACGUUAGCGUUAGCCAAUGACGGACACCCAUUGCUCCCUCAGACCAGCUCUAGCGAGAAGGUGGGUUUGCCUCCUCUUCCUAAUCCCAACAAGUCUUACUAAACAAACCCCCCCCCCCCUCGCCCCCCCCGCUCUCGAAACUCAUCGGUCUGCCAUCAGAAAGAAGAAGGAGGGGGUGAUAGAAAAGGAAGAGGGGAUAGAUGUAGAAAUGAAUUAUAGAAAUUAUUAAAAUGAAGGAACGGGGAUUUGCUCGGUGUCUCCUCGCCGCCUCUCAACCUACUGUCGAACCCCCCCCUCCCCCGUCGUAGCUUCUCGUCGAAUCACUCAUGAGAAAAAGAAAAGAAGGGGGGAGAAAAGUCGAGCCAAGAGGACGCCACUUCUUCCUCCCUCCCACGUGUUUUUUAGUUUGUUUUUUGUGAGCCUCACAUGUAGCUAGUAGCUGUGUUUUUAUUUUAAUUUUUAUAAUUUAUUCCCUUCCUCACAACUUCCCUCGACUUUUUUUUAAUACACUGGAGAACAGAAACAAGCAUUCCUUCUGUCGUUUUUUUUCUUCUUUCUUCUUUGGCAUGUGCGAAGUACGAAACGCAUGUCACCGUUUUGUUUGCUGCUAGUCUGAGGAUAGAAGACGACCGUCUGUGUGUAACAGGAAGUGAACUUCCCCGUGGGUUGGACGUUGAAACCCCGCCCACACCCGCACACACACACACACCCAAUCACCGGCCCCUCUCUUCUCUCCUCUACUGUGUGAACUCCCGAUUUGUCGAGAUCAAUAUUGAAAACGCCUCCUCUGUCAGCAAUCUUCUUCUCAUUUGUUUUUUUUUUUGUUUUGUUGUUGUUUUUUUCCAGGCGCUAACUCGAGUUGCUAUCCACUUUUUAACUAUUGAAAAAGAAUCUUUUAUGUGCGAUAAUUUAUGAACCAGCUUAUUAAAUAAAAAAC